AUGAAGGCGUCAAGCAUCCUAGGGGGCCUUGCCUUGGCAGGCACAUCUGUGGCAGACUCUACAUUGGCUAGCCCUCCUAGCAAGGUGCAACGAGAUAUCACUGCUGUUUCUUCGGCCGUGGCUCAAGUCUCAGCAGCCAUGGUCACACUCGAUACAUCGGUCAAGGCAUUUGAUACCGAUGCUACCCAGGUCAAGUCCGAUUCCGCUGCUCUUAUCGAAACCAUCAAAUCAGCUGCAACUACCCUCGACGGGUCGUCAGACCUGAGCCUCACGGACGCCGUCUCUCUGCAGUCCUCGGUCUCGUCACUUGGAACUGUCGGCAAGUCUCUGAUUUCCGACCUCGAAGCCAAAAAGUCACAGUUCGAGAAAGCCGGGCUAUGCAGUGACGUACAGUCCUCCUUCACAGACAUAAGCACCACGUCGAACUCCCUGAUUGAAACCAUCAUCGGCAAACUUCCGGAAGAGGCUCAGAGUAUCGCGAAGGGCUUGGUGGGCGACGUUCAGGAUACUUUGCAGAAAGGGGCCGACGCCUUCUCGUCGAGCAACUGCAAGAGCAGCGGUGGAUCGUCCGCCCUCAUCACCGCCUCGGCCACUGCGACUGGAGCGAAGGCAACCUCCGAGGUGGCUGCAACUGGAGGAGGAGGAGGAGCAGGAGCUGUCACUGUCACUGUGACUGCACCCUGCCAGUGUGCUGGCUCGUCGACUACACGGACGACUGCAGCUUCCAUCCCCUCAUCUUUCCCAGUGAGCAGCUUCCCGGUCACGAGCGUCAGGGCAAACUCUACGAUUCCAGGGACGGGUACGCUGGUCAGGCCAAGCUCGACCACGGCUUCUGCCAUUGUCACGGCUGGGGCGUCGGCCAACGGCAUCGGACCGGUGGGACUGGUGGCUGGCCUCUUUGCUGCUCUCGUAUUGUAG